AGAUCAAAAGGAAGGGUGGAAAUGUCUUUGCAAAGUCCAUUUAUCUGUUGACAUGCGUUCAGGCAGAGAAAAAGCAUUCAAAAUUGCAAGAGUGAGAAUCUAGGGUUUUGGUAUUGUUGGGUUGGAGCUGAAUCCGUGAAAGCUUGUUGGAUGGCAGGUUCAGAACGCAGUAGUAGUAGGGUUUGGCACUACGAAUUCGACGUUUUCAUCAGCUUUAGAGGAGAAGACACCAGGCUCGGUUUCGUUGGAAAUCUCUACAAAGCUCUGACGGAAAAGGGAUUCCAUACCUUCUUUCGCGAGAAGCUUGUGAGAGGAGAAGAAAUCGCAGCAUCACCAUCUGUGGUGGAAAAAGCAAUUCAACAUUCAAGAGUUUUUGUUGUAGUGUUCUCUCAGAACUACGCUUCUUCUACACGGUGCUUGGAGGAGCUUCUCAGUAUCCUUCGGUUCUCCCAGGAUAACCGUCGACCGGUUCUGCCGGUUUUCUAUUACGUUGAUCCCUCCGAUGUGGGACUUCAGACGGGGAUCUAUGGAGAAGCGCUCGCUAUGCAUGAGAAAAGAUUCAACUCUGAGUCAGACAAAGUCAUGAAAUGGAGGAAAGCACUCUGUGAAGCUGCUGCCUUGUCUGGUUGGUCUUUCAAACAUGGGGAUGGAUAUGAAUACGAGUUGAUUGAGAAGAUCGUUGAGGGUGCCUCCAAGAAGAUUAACCGCCCGGUUGGCCUCCAGUAUCGAAUGCUUGAACUGAACGGGCUUCUGGAUGCUGCAUCUCUCAGUGGAGUCCAUUUGAUAGGGAUAUAUGGUGUGGGAGGCAUUGGUAAAACAACACUUGCUCAUGCACUCUAUGAUUCUGUUGCUGUUCAAUUUGAUGCUUUAUGUUUCCUUGAUGAAGUGAGAGAAAAUGCAAUGAAACAUGGCUUGGUGCAUCUCCAACAGACCAUUCUUGCUGAAACAGUCGGAGAGAAGGAUAUUCGACUGCCAAGUGUCAAGCAAGGAAUUACACUACUAAAGCAGAGGCUCCAAGAGAAGAGGGUUCUUUUGGUUCUUGAUGAUAUCAAUGAGUCAGAGCAGUUGAAGGCACUUGUUGGAAGCCCAGGUUGGUUUGGUCCUGGAAGCAGAGUCAUCAUUACAACCCGAGACAGACAGUUGCUUGAGAGUCACGGGGUUGAGAAAAUAUAUGAGGUAGAAAAUUUAGCCGAUGGUGAAGCUCUCGAAUUGCUAUGUUGGAAGGCUUUCAAAACUGACAAAGUAUAUCCAGAUUUCAUUAAUAAAAUAUACCGUGCACUAACUUAUGCUUCUGGCCUUCCAUUGGCUCUUGAAGUUAUAGGUUCAAACUUGUUUGGAAGAGAAAUAGUAGAAUGGGAAUAUACCCUAGAUCUGUACGAAAAAAUACAUGAUAAAGAUAUACAAAAGAUACUUAAGAUAUCCUUUGAUGCUUUGGAUGAACAUGAGAAGGAUCUUUUUCUUGACAUUGCAUGCUUCUUCAAGGGAUGUAAAUUAGCACAAGUUGAAUCAAUAGUUAGUGGUCGUUACGGUGACAGCUUGAAAGCUACCAUUGACGUGUUGCUUGAAAAAACACUUAUAAAGAUUGAUGAGCAUGGUCGUGUGAAGAUGCAUGAUUUGAUACAACAAAUGGGAAGAGAAAUUGUUCGACAGGAAUCACCAAAACACCCAGGUAAUUGCAGUAGGUUAUGGUCUCCUGAAGAUGUAGCUGAUGUUUUGUAAGGAAAUACGGGAACACGUAAUAUUCAAAGUAUAGUUCUGGAUUUCUCCAAACCUGAAGAAGUGGUACAAUGGGACGGAAUGGCCUUCAUGAAGAUGAAAAACCUCACAACACUUAUUAUUAGAAAGGAGUGUUUUUCUGAAGAUCCGAAAAAACUUCCAAAUAGCUUAAGAGUGCUGGAAUGGCGGGGUUAUCCUUCAAAGUCUUUACCAUCUGAUUUUCAGCCAGAGAAACUAGCUAUAUUGAAAUUACCUUCUAGCUGCUUUAUGUCACUUGAGUUGCCAAAGUUUUCUCACAUGAGUGUUUUGAGUUUUGAUAAGUUUAAAUUUUUAACACAGAUACCUGAUUUAUCUGGCACCCCCAAUUUAAAAGAAUUAUCUUUUGUUUUAUGUGAGAAUUUAGUUGAAAUUCAUGAAUCGGUUGGAUUCCUAGAUAAACUUAAAUGCAUGAACUUUGAGGGCUGCAGCAAGCUUGAGACUUUUCCACCAAUCAAGUUAACCUCUCUUGAAAGCAUCAAUCUUUCAUAUUGUUCUAGUUGUGAGUUUUCCGGAAAUAUUAGGAAAAAUGGAAUACACUGCCAUAAGUAUAUUGCCAUAACUUUUCCGACUUCGAAGUUUACAACUACACAGAUGUGGAAUGGUUCAGUUGCCAAGUAGCAUUGUCAUGUUGUCAGAACUUGAGGUGUUGAGUAUUUCGCAAUGUGAAGGACUGCAAAAAUCAAAACAGGACAAAGAUUUAAAAAAUGAGAGAUUAAUUGUGUCGUCUUCAAAUGUGGAACAUAUUGAUUUCCAACAAACAUAGAGUUGUUGUCUGCAACAAACUGUAGAUCCUUGACUGCCUCGUGUAGGAGAAUGUUGCAAAAACAGGAGUUGCACAAGGCUGGAAACAAGAGAUUUUGUUUUCCAGGAACUAGGAUUCCAGAAUGGUCUGAGCAUUCUAGUGAUAUUUAUCUGCCUUGCUGGACUCGUGCAUAAGCACCCUUUUGGAUUUAAAUCUAUUGUGUCCAUUAAUGGUGAUAAAAUGAAGACAGAGUUGCAAGCUAAAUGGUUUUAUUUUGAGUUCCCAGUAUUAACUGAUCAUAUACUUUUGGUGGAAGACAGAUAGAAUUUCAAAUAAUGUGGAUGAGGUACUUUCGGAAAAUGAAUGGAAGCAUGUGGUGGUCUCUAUUGAUAUUUGAUUUCAAAUGGAACCCAAUAGAACCAUUUGUUGUGCAAAUUGGACUCCAUGUAAUCAAGCCAAAAAGUAGCAUGGAUGAUAUUCGAUUCACUGAUCCUUAUAAACCAACCAUUUUUUAAAGAAAAACAUAUUGUUGGACAUGGGAGUUUCGCAGAGACCAUUGUGCAGAUGCAGAAAGAUUUGGUGUCACUUGAUUCAUUGCAACCACUUUUAAAAGGGUGGAGAGUGGUAUUCAUUGCUUCAACCUCUAGACUAAAAGAUAAUGUCAAUUGGGAUUCAAAUUUGAUAGUAUCAUCCCGGAUGAGUAGCACUGCUGGUGUCUAAGGCAGGUUUGCUUGAUUUUUUUUUCCCUGUGUGCUAUCACUACUAGUAAUGACAAGAAAAUGUCAGAAAUUAUUCUUUGUGAAAUAUAUAUGUUUUGACAAAUAUGUUUGAAACAUAAUGUGUUGAAGAGGAAUGCUAACUACAUUCUCUUUGACACUCUUUUUAAUACUUUUUCAAUGAUUAGCUUAAAUUUAUUAGAAAUCACCUAUUUUGAUGGGUUCCACUUUUAAAUCAGGAGAUAGAAGUGGGACCCACCAAAAUUGGUGGUUUCCAAUAAAUUUCAAUCCACCAUUGAGAGGGUGUUUGAGAGUGUUGUUCACAGUCCCCUCUUUUGAGAUAUCUUAUUCAAAUCAAUAUUUGCACCAAGCUAAAACACAUGCAUGAAAAGAGUAAAAUAGGUACACUAAUGUUGAACAGUUAAACCAUUGAGCCGUUUUCUCAUGCACCUUCAAAAGUGGUUUUGGAUUCUGUUGUGUUUUUGUUGUAAUAUUGCCAGUGAUGGAGACAAGCGAUAUGUUGGCAUUUAUUUCCCCUUCUGUUAUGAAUAACUUCGUAAACUAAAUUACAUAAAUGAAGAUUAUGAGUUUACGUAUUGUUACGCACCAAAGGAUUAAUCCCCGAUUACAAUAUGAAGCAUACAUGUGUAAAGGAAUCAAAAUGAUAGUUAUGCUAUAUUUUAUCUGCUAUAGCAAUUUCAGGGUCAUUUGCUCCAUGUCACUAUCAUGGAGUGAUAACUAUGCUUCUAGCAAUAUUUGAAUCCAUCUUCUCAUAAAUAUUACGUGUUAUUUCCCUUGGAUUCUAGCAAUAUUCGAAUCCAUUUUCUCAUAAAUAUUACGUGUUAUUUCCCUUGGUCCAACACUCCAGCUUGUAUCCAUGUGUGAAAGGCUCAUCUUACCUCUUGGCUAGGUUUUAUUUACCUAUCGGUCGAACUUUGGAUCAGUCAAGAUCUCUUUUUCUUGAUUAAUCGAAGGGUUAAGACAAAAAAAAAAAGACUCAUGCUUGUUAAUUGUAUAAAUCUUUUAAAAUAUUAUAAAGAAUGAUAAAUGUAUUGGGUCUUGUGAUAUACAACGGUCAUACCUAUUAUAAAUUAUAGGACUGGAAAGUUAUUACUUGUACACUAGGCAUUAGCUAAAGCUCACAUACCUGUAUGUGUAAAACUAAGACUCCAUUUGGAGUGGUUUUUAGGUUUGAGUUUCGAAAAUUUUAAUAACUUUUAGUUUUAGUUUAAAAAACUUUAAAAUUAGGUUUUAAAAUAUGAUUAAUUUCAAAAUAAACUUAUAUUGUAUGUUGGUUUAUUAACAACCAUUAGUUAAUUUUCUUAGACUUUACCAACUUAGUAUUUUUUCUGUUUUCUGUCAUAACAUGUAACAGUUAAUUAGUUUUAAGUUGGUUAGGUUAGUUAGGCUUGAAAUAGUGCUUCUAUUUCUUCUUCUUAUAUAGCCUUAGAAAAUUCUGCAGAGAUUGAAUAAAGUGGUUGCUGUGAGCACAGUGCAGUGUUGGUUCAUUUUGUUUUUCUUUUCUGCAUUUUGCUCAUUCUUGUUCAUACAAGAAACUCAUUCUUUUGUGAAUUAAAAUUUGAUCUUGGCACAACAACUUAUUUUGUAAGUUUCAUAUUAUAUUAAAAUUAGUUUAAGAGUAUUUUUGUGUGGAGGUGAUGAAAAUGGUGAUGGUGGUGGUGGUGGUGUUGGCAUCGAUUGUAGUAGAAAUAUCAAUGUUGGUUGCAGUGAGUAGAGGUGAUGGCAACAACAAUGCAGAUGGUGUCAAUGACGAUGGUGGUGGUGAUAGUUGUGCUAGUGGAGCCAGCCAAUGGUGUUGGUGGCUGUGGCGAUGAUUGAUAUGGUAUUGGUGGUAAUAGCGAUGACAUAGGUGGUAUUGGUGGUGGUGAUGGUAGUGGUGAUAGUAGUAGUAAUGUUGAUGGUGCCAAUGAUGAUAGCGGUGACGAUGGUGGUACGAUGUUAGUGGCGGUGGUGGUUGUGAUGACAUUGGUGGUGGUUGUGGCGGUGAUGGAGGUGAUAUUGGUGACAAUGGCAAUGGCAAUGACAGUGUGGUGGUGGCAUUAACAAUGAUGAUAAUGAUAACAAUAUUGGCGGUAACAAAGAUGGUAGUGGUGGUAGCAAAAAGUGUGAUGGCCAAAUGUGAGAAAUGUGUUUUUUUAAAACUAAACAAUUUACAAAAUCUUUUUUUCUUGAUUUUGAAAAUGAAUGUAAAAGUGUUUCGAAAAUGAUUAAAAAUCAUUUUAACUCCAUUUUUACCAAAUGUAUUUUGUUUUAAAAAUUGUAUUUAAAAACCAAAAACUCACUAUCACCCCCAAACGGGUCCUAAUGAAAUGGGAAAAAUAUUGAAAUGGAUAGAUUUGACAUAAAUUAGCCCAGUUGAUAACAUGUGACUUUAGAUAAGUAUUUGAUUGGGUAUUAAUUACUAUUAAAUAUGGGCAAAUAUUCAUAGCUUAUGUGUAGAGUAUCAAUGUUUUGUCAUGUAACUUCAUGAAUAGAAGAAUCAUUGUUUCGACAUGUAACUUACUGGAAUGGGAGAAUGAGCCGAGAAGGGAGAUAUGCCUACCUGCCUCAAGUGACUUGGAAAUUGGCAAUGGAUUCGGGUCCAGUGAAAUUAGAAUAUCUACUUUCAUAUCCAGAAAGCCAAUUUGUUUCAAGUGAUGAAAAGGCAGUAAGGCACCAUGAGUUACAAGGGCAAGUCACGAUUCUGCUUCUUGCCUAUGUCAGUUGUAUCCCCCAUCUGCUCUUCCUCUUCACUGGCUGCUUUAUGUGUCCCCCCAACCACGCGAUGUUCAAGCUUUAUUUUUAUUUUUUUUCGUUUGUUGAAGUAAAUAACUAGUAGUUGCUUAGAUUAUGUAAAUAAGAGUUGUUAGUAACUUGAUUGUGUUGUCUUUUGUUUUUGCAUUCUAAUUUGUAGCUACUUUGAUUUUAUUUACUCUAUUUGGUUUUUGUUU